CCUUCUCCUGCUCCUUCUUCUCCUUCUUCUUCUUCUUCUUCAUCAGCCAAGUCAUCGUAAGACCCAUCUCUGGUCGAAUGGAUCCUUCGUCCACGAGCUCCGUCAACGGGUUCUACACGUUCCUCACCCGGGGGAUCGACGACCUCGAGCGGACCUACCUCGCCCCACGGGCGGGGGCCGGCGGCGGCGGCGGGGGAGCCAUGUCGAUCCAGUUCCUGCAGGCGGCGCUGGCCCUGCUCCGGUCGUUCCACUCCAGCCUCACCCUCCUGGUGCAGAAGCUCCACCUCCCCGUCGGCGACAGGUGGCUCGACGAGUACAUGGACGAGAGCUCCAAGCUGUGGGACGCCUGCCACCUCCUCAAGUCCGGCGUCUCCGCCCUGGAGUCCUUCUACUCCUCCGCCCUCGACAUCGUCUCCUCCCUCGACCUCCACCGCCACCUCUCCCCCCAGCUCUCUCGCCAGUUGGCGCGGGCGAUCGCGGCGUGCGGGAGGGAGGCGGCGGGGCUGGAGGAGGAGAACAGGGCGCUGGUGGAGGCCCGGAUGGGUCAGCUGUCUCGGCUGCGGUUCGACGACUGCGCCGCCGCCGCCGCCGUGGAGCCCCGGCUCAACGGGUUCAACGGGUUCCGCGGCGUCCUCUACGCGAUGCGCAACGUGAGCUCUCUCCUCCUGACCGUCCUCCUCUCGGGGCUGGUCUACCACUGCCCGGAGCAGAGCUUCUUCUCCGCCCGGCCUUACGGCGGCGGCGGCGGCGGCGAGUACGAGCGGCCGUGCCCGCUGUUCGGGUCGGGGAUAAUGAUAUCGGCGGCGCGGCUGGAGCAGAGGAUAGGGGAGGAGAUGAACCGGAGGGGGAGCGGCAGGAGGGCGAUGAUAAUGGUGGAGGAGUACAGGAGGGGGAGGGCGGGAAUGGAGGAGAUCAGGGGGUGCCUGGAAAGCGGGGCGGCGGGGGCGGCGGAGGGCGGGGCCGGGGCCGGGGUGAGGGAGAGGGUGGAGGAGAUGAGGGGGUGCUUGGGGGCGCUGAGGGAUGGGGUGGAAGGGGUGGUGGGGCAGCUGGAUGACUUCUUGGACGAGAUCGUGGAAGGGAGGAAGAAGCUCUUGGAUUUCUGCAGCCACAGAUGAAUGACAAUUUUUUUUGCAGCCAAGACGGGUUUUUUUCCUUAGGUGGGAUUUUCGGUUUAAUAUCGUUAUUAGCGUUAUUCGUCGUUAGACAUUUAGAUGACUAGGAGGAGGAGGUGGAGGAGGUGGAGGAGAUUUGUCAUGAACAUUUUUGAAUGUGGGGUGGUGAAAUGAGGGCGCAAAAGAAUUUUACAGAAGUAGAAAGAUGCUAGGGUGGUUGUACCUAUUCUUUUCUUUCCUUUUUCCCCUUUGUAAGUUGCAACACUUUCCACUCUUGAUCUCUCUCUCUCUCUCUUUUCUUCUUCUCUUAUUUUGUUGCUUUAAUCAAAUUCCCUUUUUUUUAAAAAAAAUAUUUUUGUUCGUAUUUCCCCUGGUCAUCUUCCGUUUUUUUUUUUUUCAGUUGGCUACUCGAUUUCUCUCUGUGUACGCGUAUAUUUCUUUCCGGUUCGUGUGGGAUUCGCCGGCCUAGUUUUGAAUAUGUUAUUAAGAGGGUUCGACUCGAAAGUUUAAAGUUAUAUGUGUUGAGGAGAUAUCAAGUAUAUAAAAA